AUGUCAACGACGAAAAUUGCAUCGCGAGCGGUGCAAAAUCGUUCUCAAACUCCAUUUUGGAACUGGCUGCGUAACAAACUGUUGGCCGUCGAUCGUCAGCCAGUAACUCCACCACCUGGCAUUCCAGGUCCUGAUGGAAAGGUUUCGUUUUUUUAAAAAUAAUUUCCUGGUUCUAAUUAGGGAUAAGGCUAUGAUAUAUGCAAUCUCAGUAUUUCAGGCCGUCUACAACUAUCCUCACCGUUUCCCAAACACGCAAUCUUCGCGACCUGGGUCCGCUGAACUUCCAACGCUUCCCGGCGGAGUCCACCACAAACUCGAAGAUAAUUACUAUUUAGCAAGGUAUUCUAAAAAAAUUCAUUAUUGAUGAGCACUUUUUUUCAUAUAGAAUUAUUAUGAUUAAAUAUUAUUUCCAGAGACGGAAGGAGAGGAGUUUUGCCGCCACCGGUUCUCUACGAAUCUGACGGCCAUGCGACCAAAUAUGCCACUCAAAUUGGCGAAGAAGUCAAGUAAGAAUCGAUUACAAUUAAAUAUUGAUUAUCAAAAAUAUUCCAGGAAAGAGGAAGCUGUCAAGGUGAACAAAGGUCCCGAACAGAAUUUUGGCCUCGAUGCUCCCACGCCUGGUUUCGGUGCUACCUGGAGCAGGUUAAACUUGAAUGAUUAGAAUGUUGGAAAUCUUUCGCGGUUGAAAUCGAAUAAGGAUCACAAAUUUUCGAAAAGUGUUCAAUUUAAAAACCAAAAAAAAACGAGGAAAAGCUUAAAAAACCCUUACUUUAAAUCUGACCAUUUCAAAAAACUUAGAAUUUUGAUGUAUAAGCUUCAAAUUAAUCCCCUGAAUCUCUUGAAGAACUAGGAAUUGGCCAAAAAAGACUGUCACCAUUAAAAAGCACCGGAUUUCUUAAAGAAACUUCAACUUUUUUUAUAUAAUUUCCCUCUUCAGAUCGAUUUCGAACGAAUUGCAAGACCAACAAAAAAAGAUCCCGAACUUUCCUACCUGCAGAAAUUCGACAAGUACCACAAGAGUAACUAAUCUCAUUAAAAAAACUAAGAUAAUUUAAAGAAUUAUAUUUUUAGUUGAUUAGGCUUCGUUAUCUGUACUGUGUUAGGGGUUUUUUUAUGCUCAAUUGGAUCUUUUGAGCAUAGUUUUGUAUAAUAAAGAUUCUCGAUUUUCUGGGUAUGUAUUUUCUGUAUUCAUCCGGUUGUGAAUACCGUUUUAUAUCUUUUCCCUUUUUUCACGUCUUUAGGUUAUUUAUAUAUUUGCCAGUUCCAAAGAUGAGGCCGUCCGUUGUUGCCAUGCACAAGCACUUCGGUAAUCUUGGCAAGGUCUGGAAUUCCUUCAUCCUGAAAUAAUGAAUACACUUUGAAGAUGUACGGGGAGCACCGAUUCGCUCUGGCGCCAAAUGAGCAGAAGGCCUUCAAGGGAUGGAUCGACAACGCUUUCGUUGGUGUCAGUUUUUCGAUGUUUUGGGUUGAACUCCAUUUUUAAUGCCUCGUUCAUAGUAGUUCCGAGAAAAUCGAAAUAACCGUCAGAUAACUAUUUUUGGAGAGUGAAAGACAAUUUUGAACACUUUUUUAGAGUUUUCAGUGAUUCUUGCUGAUUUUUCGAAAAAACCAAAGAAGAAUCUUUAAAAAAUUGUUACGACGAAAUCUCUUUUUUUUUUUGAACUUUUCCGCUACUUCGCCUUUAAGUGCUCACAAAAAUUUUAGGGCAUUUUCCGUGAAAAUUACAAAAAAGUCGUUUUUCAGACCUUCAAAACCUACGUCUGGAACCAGUGGUGGUACUACCUCCCGCAGGUUUGCAUUUAGAGUUAUUUCUUAGGUAAGAAAAAAAAUUAGCUCGAACUUUAUGACAUGAGUUUUUUUUCUUCAUGGAAAUUGAGAAUAAUAUAUAAUUUUAGUUUACAUUUUAGUUUUUCAAUGAGAACUGUUGCAUUGAAGAUACUAUUCGAUUGAAAAAAAGAGGUUUUAAUUCGAUAGUCAGAAAAAGUGAAGUAAAUGGAAGUCCGGUGAAGCGAUAGCAUUAAACUUUUCCGUUUAGAAUUAAAAUCUUUAUCGAGUUUUUUUUUUCAGAGUGUAAGAAAAGGGAAUAUUACCAUUUUUGAGAUAAUUUAAUUAGGUCUUUCACGGAUCGCGAAGAAGAGAGCCUGUAAAAAUCAUUGAAGAACUUGUUUUUAAAUCAAUAUUGAGUAAAUUUAUAGUGGGCUAGUUUCAAACUUUACAGUCUUGAACUAAUUUGAGUAUUUUGAUGAGGUCGAAUCAUUGACUACUCCAAGGAAGCAUUUCCUAAGAGUUUUGAUUCAUGAUUUGUUUGCUAGUGGUAUUCAAAUGGAGAGCGUUCGUGUACGAAUUUGAGAAGAAGUGCAUAAAAGGAGGAAAAAGCUCUUGUAGUUGUGUUGAUUGAAUGAGUUUGAGGCGGUCGGAGCCUACCUUCUUUACGACUGGGCCAAGAAGAAGAACCACGAGGUCAACCGCAAGAAUCCCGCCGACUACGCCAACGACCAGUAA